UUAUCCGUUCCGAACUCUCAGUGAAGUAAGAAUGGAUACAGCGUUUCGAAAACCAAUGCACAGAGGUGGAAACUUCAGUAAGAAAAGGCGACAGAAUAGUGACAGCCAAGAAGAAAAUUGUGAGUCAAAGAAGAGAAGGAAAGGGAAGCCUGAAAGAACAAAUGUGUAUCCUUUAGGAGAAAUGGCAAGACGUGAAGAGCGAAGACUUGAAGAGCUGGUGCUGGGUGAUGGGUCAGAUCUGCUAAAUGUUGAGUCUGAAAUACCAUCAUCCUCCCAUACUUCUGCAAUGGAAGACUCAGGUGUGGAGGAAGGAAAUUACGAUAGUAGUCCACAGAUGUCUGAUACAUUGGCUUCACCAGAGAGAGAACCUGCAUGGCAAGAUGAAGAAGAUAUAAACAUCUGUGUAACAGAUGCAAUGUCUGCGCAAGGAAAACGUGUGCCCAAUGUAUUAUCAGGUGGCAGCAGUUCAGAUGCAUAUGUACGUAUUCUAAAACACAAGUUUGAGGCAACAGUAGGAACACCUGCAUGGGCAGAGCUCAGGCAUCGGAACACCAGGAAAAGCAACCCAUCAGAUGACGAUGACAGCGAUAAUGAUUCAGACAGUGAAAUGUUGCGGCACUGUGGCAACUUCCUGUCAAGUCAAUCAUCAGUUCUUAGGAAGGGAACCAUUGAGGUGAAGAGGGUUCGUGACUUGAACCAUGACACAUACACUGAAGGAGCAGUUAUCAAAGCAGUACAAUUCCACCCUACUGCCACUGUGGCAUUGGUUGCUGGUUUGUCAGGUGUUGCCUCACUCUUUCAAGUGGAUGGCAAAAGCAACACCAAGCUUCAUUCUGUGCAGUUUGACCGAUAUCCUAUACGAUGUGCACGAUUUUUACCCAGUGGUGAGCAGUUCAUUGUUGGCUCACAGCACCAUGGUUUUUUCCACAGCUUUGACAUGAUGACAGGUCAAAAUGUCCGAGCGCUUCCAAGUCAAGGAUUAGGCAUAACUAAUACUAAGAAUUUUGAAAUCUCUCCUGAUGGCCGGUUAUUGGCUGUGUGUGGAAGAUUUGGGAACAUCCAUCUUCUGACAGUAAAUACACUGGAAGGUGUUGGACUCCUGAAAAUGAACAGUGAAGUCUCAGCUGUUACUUUUGAUAAUGAUGGAUCACGCUUAUUUUCACAUGGAGAGGGCGGAGAGGUGUAUGUUUGGGACAUCAGAAGCAGACACUGUUCAGGGCGAUUUAUUGAUGAUGGAUGUAUAUGGGGUAGCAGCAUAGCUGUGGCACCUGGUGGUCGAUUCGUGGCAUGUGGUGCUCGUUCAGGUGUUGUGAAUGUGUAUGAGACAGCAGGACUUCUGUCAUCUACAAACCAUGCACCAAAACCAGCCAAAAUAUUACUGAACCUCACUACCUCUUCCACAGCAGUCAAGUUCAAUGCUUCUUCUGAGGUUCUGGCCAUGGCCUCUGAUGAAAAAGUUAAUGCAUUGAGAUUGGUACAUUUCCCUAGCAUGACUGUUUUUUCCAACUUCCCGGGCUCAGUGAAAUCUGUCCUUGCACGACCUCAAUGCCUUGACUUCUCCCCUGGCAGUGGUUACCUUGCUGUUGGAAAUAAUAAGGGUACAGCUCUGCUCUACAGGUUAAAACAUUAUGGCAAUUACUAGGUUCCAUUACAGAAGAAUAGUUGUGUAGACAAAAUGUAAACACCUGGAAUACUGACCCUGUACGGAGAUGCGUGCACUGAUGUGAACAUUCCAUCAUAUUACUUAUUCCUGUCAGUCCAAUUCAAGGAACAGUCAUGCAGGUAUCUUUGGAAUUUGUGGCUGCACUUCUAUAGUGGCCCAUGACCUACAGCCAAACUGGCCAAUAUUGAAGAUUUUGCUUCAUGAAAUUUUGACACCUGAUUAAAAGUACACUGUAACUUUGAGAUAAUGAGUAUUUAUAAAAUUCAUAAAAAUACUCAUUCUAACAGAUACCCAUAAUAAUAAAAAAAUGGUUGAACUGAAUAAUCUCCAAGCAUGUCUAACUUAUAAUUACAUAAAUCACAGUGUGGCUGUAAGUUUUGAAAGAAACUGAUGCAGGGAUAGUAAUACUGUGUCUAUCUUUUUUUAAUGUUACAGUCAUGGGAUAUGAAAAUAAAGACAAAUUAUUCAACAUUC